AUUAAGGUGUUUAUGUCUUAAAUCAAAAUUAUUAAGUAGUUUCCUCAGUCAACAGACUGAGGAACAUGACAAAAUAUGAGUACAAAGCCUAUUGCAAAGAAAGGAACAUGUAACUUCUGCAAAGAAAAAAUUUUAGGUAAAAUAGUCACCUGCAUAAACUGUGGUGCUGACUACCAUUCGUACUGCCUAUUUGAAAUGCCCAAUGUUAUCAUUUUGGGCAAAAACAACGCUAUUAAGUGCUGCUCUAUAGAUAAAUUAGAUAAUAAGGAUGAAGGUAAGAAAGAGAAAAAUGAACAGAAGGUCAAAACAAGAAAAUCCCCAUUGGCGAAAUUACGGGAGAAAAUGAAAGAGGACAAGGAGGAGGAGGCGCAAUACAAAGGGAGGCAACGCGACGACUAUACCACUGAAAUGGAGCCCAUUUGGGUUGCGUAUGACAGAUACACCAAACAAUUACUGCUGAGAAAUAAGGACACUAAAGAUGCGGCACUUAAGUCUGGAAUAGGAGAAGUCGAGCCGGUUUGGUCAACGUAUGAAAAAUACAGCAAAGAGUUACCUUCCAAGACGGCAGCUAGAAAUGAAAAUUUAUUUGAGGAAAAGCCGAAGAAGGAGAAGAAAUCUAAAGUAAAAAAACGUGAUGUGGCGGAAGAAGCUAAACAACCAUUACCCGAGUCUAAAUCACAAUUUAGGCCGGAACUAUUUGUGUUAGUUCCUGAGAAGGGACUGGUAGAGAAAGAUGAGGAGGAAAUUAAACUGGAAGAAGAUUCAGAAGAGUGGGUAAGUAAACCAGAAGAAGUGAAAAAAGAGGAGGAAAGUAAACAGGAAGAAGAGAAAGUAGAGGAGGAAAGUAAACAGGAAGAGAAGAAACAAGAGGAGGAAAUAAAAGAGGAGGAAAGUAAAGAGAAAGUAGAAGAGUCGACCUCUUAUGAGACAUUUCCUAAGCCAAUAUUAGAGAAGAGUGAGGAAUAUAUAGAAGAACUACAAAAGCAAAUUUCAUCCACACCAAGCGAGAGUUUUGAUCAACUAAUAUAUGGCACCAAAUUUAAAGGUGUGAAGUCGAUCGACCACCCAGUAGAAAAACAAGUUAUAGAUGAAUCUACGUCGUAUCAUGCAUUCCCCGAAAUACAGCAGAUUCCUACGCGUGACGUUGAUGACUCAGAAUUAAGAAAUAAACCAAAUCAAAUUUUUUCAAAUUGGAGUGAAUUAACGAAACCUAUUGAACCAUACACUUUUCAAACUGAGGAUACCUAUACCAGUGCCAGCGAACUCUUAGGAACAAUUUCCUUAAAUCAAAGUGGCGAAGAGAUUGUUCAGAAAUCCAUACUUUAUGAUAAAAUUCCCGAGUUGACAGAUGCACCAAGCAAAACUGAAACUGAUGCAACUGCAGAAGUUACCAGUAAACCUGAAGUAAAAAAAAUGCGGACAAUUUUUCAAGGAAAACCUAAACCAGAACCACCUGAAGACAUCAAAACCGAUAAGGAUGCCAGAUAUGUGCCGGUCCCCCAACCAAUUAUCAUGGGUGAAACUGAUAUGAAACGAAUAACUUUCCCUAAAGACACAAAAACGAAGCCUCCAACCGAACCAGGAGAUCUGGAGCCUACUUUGAGGGAACCAACUAGACCAAGUAGUAGAGAAAGACAAUCAUUACGUUCCAUUCUUUCCAAAUCAAAAGCUAAAUACGAAAAUGUACUGGCUAAAGCACGUGAUGACAAGGGAAAGAAAGCUGUAACAAUAAUGACCCAAACUCCAUCAGAUAUUGACGAAAUAGCAAGUGAAACUGGAUAUGCUAAACCAUCUUCUAAGCUGGGCCCGGGCAAGAAAUAUAUUUAUGACAGCGAAUCUGUACCAACUAUUUUAAAAUCUAUUGAGGAUUAUCAGAGUAAACAAGAAAAGGCCUCAAAUGUGUUGCAAAUCAAAUUUAACAAGGCGAGCAUUCAAGGUGAAAAUAUAAUUGAAAAAAUUAAAUACUUACAAGCACAAACUUCGAGGGUUGAUGAAGGUACUCAAUGUAUGGAAACCGUUGAAAAGGACAUAACAGAGGAUAAACUUGAAGAAUGUCACGAAAAGUGUUAUCAAUCCUCCAAAGAUUUGAUUGAGGGUUUGCAUAUUUCCAAAGGUAAUUUAAUAACGAGUUCAGUUCAAACAAAUAUCGAUGAAAUUGGUACUUCCAAAUUUAUACAAGGAAUUGAUUAUGAUGCUGAAGUGGUGAAUGAGGCCAAUUCAGACUUGAAACCUCCAAACAAUGUUAAUGAGACCACAACUACAGAAGCUGGCGUAGGUUCUACUCAAAGUUUAGGGUCUAACAUUACCAACGAAUCACAGUCAAAAUAUGAUACAAAUACUCAAACUGGGGUCUUUGAACAUGUCUAUAAAAUACCGUCAACACAAAGAGCUGAAGGCAUCAAUAAAGAGACUGCGUCCACCCAAACGAUAGACUUAGAGGUUGACCAAAAGUUAACAAAAGAAAUUGGCAAUAAUAUUUACAAAGAAACUGCAUCUACUCAAACUAUUGAGCCCACAGAUGAAUGUUACAAACAAAUAUGCCCACAAAUUAAUAAGGUGACUGUAUCUACUCAAACCACGAGAUUUGAAAGCGAUGAAAUUUUAUCAAGUCCUCCUCCAAAGUUAGAUUUAAAGCAAUCAGAUUACCACCCAAAAUUGGUAACUGUGGCCACUGAAACUGAUGAAUUUGAUGUAAUAGACAAUAAGGAUUUUACUCCUAGGUCUGUGAAUUUGGAAGAUAAACAGGUUACCAAUUUGAAGCAAAGUAUGAAACCAACAGAGAGUGUUCCAAAGAAAGAAUCCCCUCAGCCUCAAGACAUAACGAAAGAAGGUGAAGCCACAUAUAUUACUAAGGGAAUUGAAGACAGUUAUGGAAAACCAGCAAUACAGAAUUUGGAGGACAAUGUCAAUAAAGAUACUCCUACUUCAAGAUUUGAUGAUAGGCCUGCAAUACCUACAACCUAUAAUUUGAAUGAAGAACCUGCUCCUAAUAGAGAAGUUGAGAGGAGCUCAGAAAUACCCACAGCUCAGAAUGUAGCUUUAAGACAGACAGGUGCUGCCAAUAAAGAAUCUUUGCCAAUUUCUGGUACAGAUUUAGGAAGACCCUUAACACACCCCACUGCUGUAGUUGAAGACACCUCUAAAAUACCCGCAGCUCAGAAUUUGGCCCUAAAACAGCCAGAAAAUUUGCCUGUUCCUACUACAGAGUCUGGAAUACCCUUAACACAAAUAAUUAAUGGAAUUGUCUAUAUUCCUACUGUUGUACUUGAUGGUACGACUAAAGUACCCAUAACUUUAAAACAAAUAGAUGCCGCCAGCCAAGAAACUGACCGUAUUCCAGCUGCAGCAUCGGAAGGUAGCCCUGCAGUACCCACAGCACCAAAAUUAACUAAAGAACUUGGAGAUAGUUCUGAUAUGGUGCCAAAACCUCUAGAUACUCGUACUACGGAAAUUGGAGGCAUUUCUCACGAUUUGGCAUUGAAACAGCCUGACACUACCUCAAAGAAACAGGAUGUGUCCCCACUUACAACAAAGAAAUUGAGUUUAAAAGAGUCUGACAACAAAGAAAACUCAUCUACUCAGACUGUAUACGUGCGUAAACAGAAAGUGGUCAAUUUAGAUGACUUUGUUGUUGAAAUUAAGGACAUAGUUCAGGCGGAGCUGCAGUAUUGGAGACAAUUUAUUCCUGAUAAAAGCAGCGAGACUGGUUCACAUAAACAGCCGAAUGAGUACUUUCAACCUUUAACAAAGUGUAUAAUGGAAAAUAGUCCGCAAGAAAGCAAUACCCAUGAGAUUAAGUCCAUAAUAAUUGAAGCUGAAUCCAAUAUUACAAGUAAAAUGCGUGAAAUAGUUCAGGAGGAGCUUAAAAACUAUGAAAAUUUGGGCAGAUAUAUAUCCAUGGAGAAUCAGCCCAAAUGUGGGGAGCAACUUUCAAAAUUUGUUUUGGAACUGAUUCCAAAGAUACUCCAUACAGGGAAUAUCCAAAUAUCUCCAAACCCAAACGAAAUAUCAAGACACUUACUGGAAUUAUAUGAUAAAAUUCAGCGUGAUCAAACUGAGGUUGAAGCAAAUCAAGAAGGACCUCCAAUAAUCAAUGUAAUCAAAUCUGCUACUCAAGGUGCAGAGUCUAAAGUUGAUCCAAGCACUCAAACUGAUAUAAAUGAGUUAACUUCACAGGUAUUGAAUAUGUAUCAAAAAUUAGCUAAAGAUCAAAUGGAAUCAAGUGAAAAUAAGCCACAGGUAUUGCCAGUUUAUGAGACAUUACUUAGGCAGAAAAAGAAUUCGACUGAAUCUUUGGAAAAAAUACCAAAUACCGGAUUGAGUAAUCAAAUUGAUACGAAUGAAUUGGGUGCAAACUUACUUCAAAUUUUGCUCAAAGAUCAAAGGGAAAAAGUACCAGAAACUCAAGAUAAAGAUAGCAAGACCAAAAAUAAACCGAAUUUGAAUCAAAGGUUGAUCACUACUCAGACUAAUCAAGAGGAUUUGCUGAACUUUGAACAAAUUAGUAGGCAUGAAUCUGGUACAGACACUAAUACCAGUCCAGACCAAACUAAUAUCAAUGAAUUAGCAGUACAAGUACUAAAUAUUUAUCAAAAUUUAUUGAAAGACCAAACAGCACAAGAGUUGCUUCAAGAAUUUCAAGUCGACCCAAAUAAUCAACCUGAGUCAAACGAUUUAACUGGUAAUUUACACCAAAAGUCACCUAAAGGUCAGGCAGAGAAAGCAAAACCUCAAGCGAAUAUACCUGUUUCAAAUAAUCAACCCGGUUUAGAAGAAAUAACAAGUAAGUUAUAUCAGAAGUUACCCAAAGCCCAAACCACAUCAACAGAACAAAACCAAGACCCCAAUGGAACUGAAUCGGAUAUUACAACUUUAAUACGAAGAAUUGUUCAAGAAGAACUAAAAACCAGUCAAAUGGACGUCCGAGAGGAACCACUGGAAUCUCAGUUGCUAGAAAAGAAAGACUUAGGGCUGAGUAAUCAGGACCCAGAUACUAUUGCUGAAGUGGUGCUGAAAAAGUUCAUCGAGAAAGAGAAAAAGGAGAACAAUAUUAUAAAAUACAUUGAGGAUACAUUGAAUAAAGAAAAUUGUCUUAAAUGUUCGUACUUGCCCGAACGGGCGCAAGAACUGGAAGGAAGUGUUAGUCAGUCAAAGCCCGGACCAGGCCCAACCACCUCCACCGUCCAACCUAAAAUUACUCCACGUACCAGUGCUGAAGAGUGCAUUAAAUGUCAAGAAGAAAUCAACUCGAAAUUGAAGAACAUGCAACUAGUUAUGUCGACAGAAAUGAGUGCUCAGCCAAAUAUAGAGAAUUUAAUUCGUCAAAUAGUCCAAGAAGAGUUGGAAAACUACGAAGCAGUUCAAGAGAUGACCGAAGAAGAAUUAGGAAAAUUGACAGAGAAAAUAGAAGAUGAAGACAACACGGGAAAAUAUCCAUUAGUAGAUGUAAAUGAGAAACGCCCAGUUGAUGCAAGUCAAAACAUGUUUAAUAUUGAUGGACUGACAGUAAAAAAUACCGGAAAUGACGAGUUCGACUUUAAUAUGAAUAUUAAUAUCCAAACGAGGCCCAAACUUGAUCAACCUAGAAAUGCAAGUGAUUCAAUUAAAGAGGGCGUCGAUGACCAAUCAAUAGAAGAUGUAGAAGAUAUACCACAAAAGUUCAAAGAAAGUGAAAUUUCUAGGCAAUCUGUUUCCAAAUCGGUUCAAGAAGAAAUAGAAAAAAUGAUCAAAAAAAUAAAAGAUGAAGAUGCUAUAAAAUACUCCCUAGAAGAUGAAAAUGGGAAAAUCUCAGUUGGUGCAAUUGAAAACAGGGAAAACGGGGAACCUGAUUCUGAAAUAGAAAAACCGAGAACAACAAAUGAUUCAAUUAUAGAUGAUGUGCAAACAAAAUCCGAUGAUAAAGUAAAAAAUUUAGAACUAACACUAAAGGUUAAAGAAAGUGAAAUUAAAAGGCAGUCUCCGGAAGUUAUUUCUCAAUUAGGGCAACCUAGGAAAACGACAGAUUCUCUUCAGGAUAUACCUAAGUUGAGCAUCGAGAAUCAGUUAAGCAAAAGCGAAAAUAUUCUGCCCCAAUCUAAACACGAGUCCAUUUCUCAAAUGGGGCAACCUAAGACACCAAGAGUUUCUAUUAAAGAUAUACCAAAAUUGAGCAUUGACAAUGGAGAUAUGAAAAUUGAAAUUAGCAUUGAACCCAAGUCUGAGCAGGGUUCUAUUUCACAAAUGGGGCAAUCUAAGGAAACGAGUGAUCCUCUCAAGAACAUAUAUAAUGAGCCAAUAACUGAAAAAGUCACUGAACUUAAACCUAAAAAGGAGCAACCUAGAAAAUUUGAUGCUUCUAUUGAUGAUAUUCCUAAAUUAAGCAUUGAUAAUCAGUUAGUGAAAAAGGAAAAUAAUAUUAAAUCUGACUCUAUGCAGGAGUCCAUUUCUCAAUCACAACAACCUAAGAAAACAAGUGAUUCUAGUAAUAAGGAUGUAAUAAAAUUGAGCAUUGACAAUCGAGGAAUGAAAAUUGGAAUCAAACCUAGACAAGAGUCCAUUUCUCAAAAGCAGCAGUCUAGGGAAACUAGUGAUUCUAUGAAUGAUUUUCCUAAAUUGAGCAUCGAUAGUAGUACUGAAAGUACCAGUGUGCCCAAAUCUAAGGAGGAGUCUAUUUCUGAAAAAGGGCUGCCCAGAAAAUCGGGUGAUUCUACUCCAAGAUUAAGCAUUGAAAAUCAGUUAAAGAGAAUUGAAAAUAACAUUCAUCCCAAAUCUAGUAAGGAAUCCAUUUCUAAAAUAGAGCAACCUAGGGAAACAAGUGAUUCCACUACAGACGUACUAAAAUUGAGCAUUGACAAUCGGACAAUGAAAAUUGAAAUUAUCAAUGUAUCCAAAUCCAGGCAGGAGCCUAUUUCUCAAAUAGAGCAAUCUAGGGUAACAAGUGAGUCUUUUAAGGAUUUUCCGAAAUUAAGUAUCAAUAAUAGAUCAUUGACUACUGAAGAUACUAAUGGGCCCAAAUUUAGGCAGGAGCCCAUUUCCCAAAUAGAGCCAUCUAGAGAAACAAGUGACUCUAUUAAUGAUUUCCCGAAAUUAAAUAUCGAUAAUAGAUCGAUGACUGCUGGAAAUACUAACGGUCGCAAAUCUAGGCAGGAGCCCAUUUCUCAAAUAGAGCAAUCUAGAGAAGCAAGUGAUUCUUUUAAGGAUUUUCCAAAAUUAAGUAUCGAUAAUAGAUUAAUGACACCUGAAAAUACCAAUGGGCGCAAAUCUAGGCAGGAGCCCAUUUCUGAAAUAGAGCAAUUUAGGGAAACAAGUGAUUCUUUUAAUGAUUUUCCGAAAUUAAGUAUUGAUAAUAGAUCAAUGACUGCUGGAAAUACUAAUGGUCGCAAAUCUAGACAGGAGCCUAUUUCUCAAAUAGAGCAAUCUAGAGAAGCAAGUGAUUCUUUUAAGGAUUUUCCGAAAUUAAGUAUCGAUAAUAGAUCACUGACUACUGAAAAUACCAAUGGUCGCAAAUCUAGGCAGAAGCCCAUUUCCCAAAUAGAGCAAUUUAGGGGAACAAGUGAUUCUAUUGAGGAUUAUCCUAAAUUAAGUAUCGAUAAUAAAUCACUGACUACUGAGAAUACCAAUGGACGCAAAUCUAGGCAGGAGACCAUUUCCCAAAUAGAGCAAUUUAGGGGAACAAGUGAUUCUAUUGAGGAUUAUCCUAAAUUAAGUAUCGAUAAUAGAUCACUGACUACUGAGAAUACCAAUGGACGCAAAUCUAGGCAGAAGCCCAUUUCCCAAAUAGAGCAAUUUAGGGAAACGAGUGAUUCUAUUGAGGAUUAUCCUAAAUUAAGCAUCGAUAAUAGAUCAAUGACUACUGAAAAUACUAAUGGUCGCAAAUCUAGAGAGAAGCCCAUUUCCCAAAUAGAGCAUUUUAGGGAAACGAGUGAUUCUGUUGAAGAUUAUCCUAAAUUAAGUAUCGAUAAUAGAUCAAUGACUACUGAAAAUACCAAUGGCCGCAAAUCUAGACAGGAGUCCAUUUCUCAACCAGGACAAUUUAGAAAAAUGAAUGAGCCUUUUAAUAACAAUUCUAACUUAAGUUUUGGUAGGUCUAUGAGCAAUGACAGUAUCAUUGAGCCCAAAUCUAGACUGGAGUCCAUUUCACACAGAUCUCGAUCCAGUAAAUCGGGUGAUUCUAGCAAAGAUAUUCCUAAACUAAGCACUGGUAAUCGAUCAAUAAAAAGUAUGGAAGCAUCACAAAAUCUUGAAAGAAAUGAGCCAUCAAUUGACUCAUCAUCAGAGUUGUCCUUUCAAAAAUAUACAAAAUCUAGAGGAAACACUGGUUCAGGAUUUGAUACAACCAACUCUUUGCCUCAAAAUUUUGAAAGAAACAAUGUUGGUGUUCAAUCAUUGACUGGAGGAUCUCAUUCUCGAGGAGCUGGAUCCAAAGAAGACGAAAUUUUGUUUAGAAAUUACCCACCAGGUAAAUUUGAAACAACAGAUAUUGGCACUCAGUCAGUAAGUGGUCUAAAGCGAAUUUCUAUAAUUGAGGAACCCAGAGAUCCUCAAAAACAUAGUUUUGUAAAAAAGGAAAUUGGCAUCCAAUCGGCAACUGAGUUAGAUAAGUUAUCUCAAAUAGAAGAAACCAUAAGUACUGGAACAAAUGACAUUGGAAUUCAAUCGACAACUAGUUCAAAUUCAAACAACAAAACUGACGAAUAUAGUAGAAAAGAUAUGAAAGAUAGGAAUAAAUAUUUACAUCAAGAUAUUGAUACAAUGGACGUUGGUGUUCAAUCAAUAUCCACCAUGAGGCCAUAUUCCCCAGUUCAAGAGCCAGCUCCUACGUUUCCUAAGUUAAAAGAAGCUUCAAAAGGGAAUUAUUCACCAAAUAUUAGAAGCAGUAAUAUGGGCACCCAAUAUGUAUCUACAAUGGGGUCUUCUUCACAAACAGAACCACUUAAUAAAAAAGUCAGUGAUUCAGUAUUAAACGAGUCAACAAAAUUAAAUGAUAUAGGAACUCAAUCAACAUCUAAACUUGAACCAAGUUUUUAUAACCAACAAUCUCAAACGACUGAUUUAUUUGGAGAUAAAUCCGUAAAGAAACGCAAUCAAGUAAUAAAAAGUACUGACGUAGAAAAUAAAGGAAAACAUUCUGAACAAAGUGGAGAAGACUCAAAUGAUGAGGCUGGCUCAAGUUCGCCGCGAAAAUGCAAGGCAAAACGGCAAGGAAAGAAAUGUAAGGUGGCAAACACCCAAACAGCUACAACUCAAGCCACAUACACGUUCAGAGAUGGCUUCUUGAUGAGGCACAAGGAAAAAAUACUUCCGAUAGUUGUACUGAUAGUAAUACUGUACUUGCUGAAAGGUGGAGGUCCCAGCACCAACGUAUGUUGA